CGCAACUACAGUACUUUCGAACACACAGGCGGGGAACACGGACAAAUAAACUUUGGUAACCCUAGCAGAUCAUAAUAUUUACAUGCACGAUUAUUUUUAGGGCAGCGACUAAUUGUAUUACGUAAAUAACUAAAAGUGCCGAGGUUUGUUCAGUGUCUUUAGAAUGCGUGCACGUUUUACAUUGAUUGCGUUUGAAACUGCCUAAUGUAACGUUAUACCCACCGUGCGGUAACCACGUCUUUCACUUUUUUGUAAUGCGAUUACGUCUGUUGCAUAGGUUGGCAGUAUCUAUGCAAUUUACAUCUCUUAAUUUGAUCAGAGCGCCGUAAAUAUGCCGCCUGAUCAGGUGCGUUUGGGUCGGAAGCGUGCUGUACCGUCCUGCCCGAAUCCUCUAUUCCUGCGGUGGUUAACAGAGUUGCGUGACCACGCCAAGGAAAAGGGAUUAAAAACACAAUACGUAUACCAGAAGGCAAUAAACUCUUUGAAAAAAUAUCCACUCCCACUGAAAAACGGGAAAGAGGCGAAGAUCCUGCAGAAUUUUGGUGACGGGAUCUGCAAGAUUUUGGACGAGCGACUUCAGAAGCAUUGCCAUGAAAACGGUUCUAAUGCCCUGAUCCACCUGGCUACUUUGUGCAAUGAAAGCAACAUGGCAGAACCUGGUGUUAGUAAUGGACACAAGAAACGACCACAAAAAGAAGUGCUAAAGAAAAACACAACCAAGAAAAAGAGAGAGUACGUGCCCCAGAAGAGGUCUGGAGGUUAUGCUGUAUUGCUCACACUGUAUAGACAUGCACAGAUGCCUGGCAGUAAAGGCUUCAUGUUUAGAAAUGAACUACAGACUGAAGCACAAGCUCUGUGUGAUAAGUCUUUUACAGUGCCUGACCUUGGUAGCAAGUACACUGCUUGGUCUUCGGUAAGCACACUUAUUCAGAAAGACCUUUUGGUGAAGACUCACAGUCCUGCCAGGUAUUUGUUGACUGAUGAUGGUCUAGCUCUAGCUGAAAAGCUGCAUUCAGAAGAGCGAGUGAUUGAUAAAGGUCCAGUGGAGGACAAGAGUGAGGAGGAGAGUUCUGGAGAUGGGGCGGAUGUUGUGGAUUUGACUUUAGAGGAGGAAGAGGAUGACAAGGGCGUAAAAGAGAGCUGCCCCAGUAAGUCUACAGAAAGGUUUAUCACAGCUCUUUCUGUGAACCCUGCCAAGAAUCUCACUUCUGAUUCAGAUGCCUCAGGAAGAUCCCAGACAUUAGAGAUGGGGAGAAGAGCAAUGAGUUGGCAUCUUCUUCCUGGUUCUUAUGAAAUUGUUUUAUGUGUUGACUUCAUCGAGACAACCGGGGGAAGCAGUGCUCACAAACAAGAGUUGGUCAAGGAGCUGCAAAGGAACGGUGUGACCUUUGACAUCAGGAAACUAAAUGUAGGAGACUUUCUUUGGGUGGCACGUGAGAAAGUGACACCUGUGCCUGGGCAGUUGCGUCCACCGGUGGGAAAAGAGCUAGUCCUUGAUCACAUAAUUGAGAGGAAGAGGAUGGAUGAUCUGUGUGGAAGCAUUAUAGAUGGACGCUUCAGAGAGCAAAAGUUUCGACUGAAAAGGUGUGGUCUGCGUAAGCCCAUUUAUCUAGUAGAGGAGUGUGGAUCGGCGGCAGCUCAUCUCAGUUUACCUGAGAGCACAUUACAACAAGCUAUAGUCAAUACACAGGUAAAAAAAGACUACAUCAGGCCCCAGAUAGCACAGGUGUGUAAG